CAAGCAGAGUACAGCACUUGGAUUCAUUCCGAGGUUUUCCAAAUCUGCAGUCAUGUUUCCAGUUCUGUUUAGCUUAUGCUUGGUUGGCAUAACCCAUGUUGCUCUUGCGAAUAAAGUUUGCCCUCGGCCUCCUGAAGUACCUCUGGCUACCAUCAACGUAAAUAAAGAAGCAUACAGUCCUGGAGAAGACAUUAUCUAUCAAUGUAUCCCAGGUUAUAUUCCCCAGUCUAGCUUAAGGAGAUACAGAUGUCAUUCAACUGGUAAAUGGCCUACCGUUAUAUUCAGAUGUACACCCAAGAAAUGUCCCUAUCCUGGACCCUUGAACAAUGGAGAAAUACACGUCACUGACCUCAACUACCUGAGUGUCAUAAGGUUUUCCUGUAAUACUGGGUUUGUUCUUGAAGGACCAACAAGCAGCCAAUGCCAGGCAGAUGGGAGCUGGAAUGCAAGCCUGCCUGAAUGCCAACCUGUGAUUUGCCAUCCACCUCCAGUUUCUGAAUUUGGAGCUCUCUCGUAUCAUAGAAUUGAGUCUGGAGAGGACUUUUUUUUCCAAGAGACAAUCCGAUUUAGCUGUCUGUUACCUUUGGCACUGUUUGGAAGUGAAACAGCUACCUGCCAGGCUGAUGGAAGCUGGACUGCAUUACCUGAAUGCAAAUCUGUAGAAUGUCCGCCUCCAGAACCAAUAGAACAUGGAUUCAUAAACUUUGGUCUUCGUGGUAUUUUUCAUUAUCAAAAUACUGUGCAUUAUGGUUGUUAUGCACCUUACACUAUGGAUGAAGCUUCAGAAUCAAGGUGUGAGAAAACAGGAACUUGGUCAAAUAAACCAACUUGCAAAGCACCAUGUAACAUACCAGUGGGAAAAGCGACAGUGUUAUACAAUGGGCAGAAAAUAAAGGUGAAAAAACUUAAGCAUAUACAACAUGCUGAAACCAUCUGGUAUUUCUGUAAAAGUAAGACAGAGAAGUGCAGUUAUAAAACACCAACCCAAUGCAUAGAUGGUCAACUUUCAGUUCCUGACUGUUUUGAAGAAUACAGCUGGAUUGAAUCCUUGUUCAAAACAGAUCCAGCAGACAUGACUCCAUGUACAAACUAACUGAAGAUAUCAUCUCCCUGUCUGCCAUCAUAUCGAGAAAGAAAUACUUAUAAAUGGAGAAUACCUUCAAGAUCACAUAUUAUUUUUUCCAAAUACAUGUACCAGCAUAUGUAGUUUACUUUGAUGUGAUUCAUCAUUAACCUGAUGAAACUACUAGACUGUAUUGUACUACGAUGCAUAAAACACCCGGAUACUUUUCUAGCUUUGAUUUAAUAAAACACGUAUAAACCUCGACUAUGAAAGUUUCAAGGUACUUUAUAAAAAUAAGUUUCCAAUCAAUAAUACUUCAAAGAUUGUUAACUGACAACACUGUUAACCUCUGUUUGUCUGAUGAAACGUUCCAGGGUCUUGGGUACCUACCAAGGUCAAUUCCUCAAUUCAUAAUUUCAGGAAAAACUGGGACUUUCAAGAAAAGAUACUUUCUUGUAUUGAUCUUAACAAGCAGUUAGGACAGCGGGGAGGCGGGACUCACAUCGCAACGUUAUGACGUGCGAUCUUGAAGCUCCAAGAUCGCCGUCGAUAUUUCUGUUGCUGGAUGGUCCUUUUGGACCUAAACCAUCCCAUAGAGAGGGGGAUAGAGAAGGGCACAUCCUGCUGAUCCUAGGGACAUCCCAAAGUCCCUGGUAGAUCCAGGAGAAGCCCUUUUUUCUGGCGAUAGAGAAACAUCCAUUAAAGCUGCUGAAGGUUGAGACAGCUCCAGAAACGGAAAGCAAGCUGGAGAGAAAGUGUGUCAAAUUAGUGAGAUAAUUUUUAUUAUUAGAUGAGAGAACACCCCAAAAGAUUAAAAGUAAAGUUAAAAUUGAAGACAGAAGAGGUUAAGUGGUGAGAUUAAGCCUGUGUCAAACUUAGUGUGUUAUUCAUUAGAUAAUCUUGUACAAAGUAAGACAUUUCAAGGACUCUGAACUUGUUUAUUGAAAAUGAUGGUGGGAUGAGCACGGAUUGUUUAUACAGGUGCUCCUCUGGGUACUAUCAAUAGUUGGACUGGAGUGAAAAGCUUGGAGUUGAAAGAUUGCAGUUAACUUUGUUUUGGAAAAGAGCCUUGGAUUCUAUAUAAUGGCAGUGUUUACUAUUUGAAGGAAAAGAUCAGUACAGAUGAUGUUGCAGCAGGAAAAAGAAAAGGAAGA